UCCCGCUACAGGUGCCAGAAUUAGUUCUGACCAAAGAACAGUUCACAGUGCACUUCACAAUUGCCAACACGACCUCUAAAACACGGGACGUGUCUCUCAUUCUGCACCAACCGAGGCGUUCAGACGCCACUUCCAAAGACAAGACACUCCUGACAGAUGCCAGGGGCACCGUACUAGUGGAAGAUGAGUUGGCAGAUGCUCAAGCCAUCAUGCUGCAGGACGAAUCGCGGGCAUCGCUAGUAUGCUUGGACGAGACAGUUUAUUUGGGCCGUAUCGACGCAAACACGACCAAACUGGCGGCUGUGAACUUCUUCGCAUUCCGAUCGGGUUCGUAUGAACUGGCACUCGCGCAUCUCUACGACCACCCCUCUAAGUCAUUCCUUAGUGCCAAGUGUCCGUCGACGUAUGUGUAUGUAUCAGAUAUAGAUAAAGCUCAUUAAAGACAGGCAAUUCAAAGUAUACUGCUGACUUUUGUUGUACUAUCUCUAUUCGCUAUGCCUUUGAAUAAGCUUGUAUGUACUGGCACUCGCGCAUCUCUUCGACCACCGCUCUAAAUCGGUUUUUAGUGCCAAGUGUCCGUCGACGU